AUGAUCGCCAGAAAGAAUCAUGCUACUCAAUUGAUUUUGAGAAAGUUUGGGAGCACACUCGCGAUCAAUUCUUCAUCCGCUCAAGCACAGCAUAGUAGUUUUCAAAUGAAUGAAGCACUUCCAAAAGUUUUGGAAAAAUCAACUACCAGCCGAAGUAGAUGCAUCAAAGAGGUUCUGGCGGAAAGAACCAAGAAUCAACAAGCAGUUCACACGAGCUUUUCAGAAAGUGGUACCACAGAGCGGCAACGUGCUUUGGGCUCAAUCAGAGCUCUUCUCACAGCUGGAGAUUACGCGGGACUGCUAGCGGAAUUUUUCAAUCGUCAUAAAAUGGACAGUACCUCUAUAUCAGAGAUUUUUGCUCGUGAUAUGCUCUCUCCUCUUGAGUUUUCAACGUUUGUCAACCGAAUUCUCACUCGGAAAACUGACGAUCAAUUCGCAAAAUUUCUAACGGGAGCCAGUUUCAACGAAGCUGCUUUUCAACUGUUUGAAAUCUAUCGCAACACUGUAAACCCCUCCUGCAUGACACCUUUGCAAUUACACGACCUUAAUGAAUUCAUUAGAUAUUUUCUGAGGGUGGAUCAGUUGAAGAGAGCACAAAUUGUUCUACAGUUUAUAUUAGACUGCAACGAUGGAGAGCUCCCGAGAGAUACAAAGAGUGCAUCUCAUUUUCUUCAAUGUAGAUGUGGCGCUCUUCCACGCAAUUGGAAAGUUAAUCGAGUGCGUUUGAAAGAUGCCACUAGGCCUGCUACGCGGCGCGUGCAGCGCCCAAACAGUUACAAGGCGUUCGAUCGAAAAGUUCUUUUACAACUGUUGAAUGACAUUCGAAACCCAAACAGCGUCUGGCAAAGUCUGACCGAUACGAGAUUGGAAUCUUCGCUGAUCUACGCACUAGGAUUCACAGGCCAGCUGCAUUUGCUCGAACAACAUGUUUAUGAUUCGUGGGGGGUCCAGUGCGAUCAUAAAUGGCCUAACGCUGUCAGAGAAAGAGUUCCUCCCAAUUCUGACAUCUUAAUUGCCAUAUUGUCCUCAUUUGCGAGUCAAAAUGAGCUGACAUCUGCUUUGAGACUUUUAGACGCUUUUAUCAAGCAAUUUCCUCAACUGGAGCUCUCUCCACUAUUUUGGCGGCGCCUUUUCCAAUGGAAUGCCAUAUCUUGGGACAGACCAGCAGAUCCUAAGGCAAAGAUAUUUAAGGAUUGUUGGGAAAUCAUGAUAGAUUGGCAUAAGACCCGUAGAAGGCCCCUCCAAAUGGACACAGUGCUAUUUACCGAAAAGUUCAAAAUUUUAAAACUCACGGGAGAUUAUAAGGAAGCUAUGAAUAUCCUGGAAACCUGUCUCUCACCUUUAUACAUGCGUCCUCAACUUUCAGCUGGCGAAGCUUCUUUACUACAAAAAUGGCAAAAACUUAUAAUAAAAAGCAUGGUUUCCCGGCAGAGCAAUCUCAAAGCCUCACAAUUUAUCAAAGAAUGGUCCUUUAGCCGGCAAAAUGAACUUUUAUUAAGAGACUAUUUCGAGGCAAGGAAAAGCAUCUAUAUUCGGAAGAUCGAACGAAAAAUUCAAGAACACGCGUCCAUUCAAAGAUCCUACGAUGAAGAGGAAGAAGACGAUAUGCUUCUUGGGAAACUUUGGUAG